CCGGCCUUCUAUCCGCCGACAAUCUCGAAUGCAGAGCCCGGCCGCUGCGUGAUGGGGCUGCGGAGCGGCGCCCUGCGGCUCGCGGCGGCCGCUGCUCGCGCUGAAGUGCGUCGGUGCCCGGCCCCCCGCGCCCCCGCGCGCCCCGGCCCCUGCUGACCCGGCUCGCCCGUCGGCCCGCAGCCCGGCUGAGGAAACUUGAACAUAACUUCAAAAGAAGAUUUGAUACUUUAUUUCUGGACUGCAUAUACAUUACAAAGGCCAUCAGAAUGUCGGGAGCCUCAGUGAAGGUUGCUGUCCGUGUGAGGCCCUUCAAUUCUCGAGAGACCAGCAAGGAGUCCAAGUGCAUCAUUCAGAUGCAAGGCAACUCGACCAGUAUUAUUAACCCAAAGAACCCAAAGGAAGCACCAAAGUCCUUCAGCUUCGACUACUCCUAUUGGUCUCACACCUCGCCUGAAGAUCCCUGUUUUGCAUCUCAAAAUCGUGUGUACAAUGACAUCGGAAAGGAAAUGCUCUUACAUGCCUUUGAGGGUUAUAAUGUCUGUAUUUUUGCCUAUGGGCAGACUGGUGCUGGGAAAUCUUAUACAAUGAUGGGUAAACAAGAAGAAAGUCAGGCUGGCAUCAUUCCCCAGUUGUGUGAAGAGCUCUUUGAGAAGAUCAAUGACAAUUGCAAUGAAGAGAUGUCUUAUUCUGUAGAGGUGAGCUACAUGGAAAUUUACUGUGAAAGAGUACGAGAUUUGCUGAAUCCAAAAAACAAGGGUAAUUUGCGUGUGCGUGAACACCCACUUCUUGGACCCUAUGUGGAGGAUCUGUCGAAACUGGCGGUCACUUCCUACACAGACAUUGCUGACCUCAUGGAUGCUGGGAACAAAGCCAGGACAGUGGCAGCUACCAACAUGAAUGAAACAAGUAGCCGUUCCCACGCUGUGUUCACCAUUGUUUUCACCCAGAAGAAACAUGACUCUGAGACCAACCUUUCCACUGAGAAGGUUAGUAAAAUCAGCUUGGUGGAUCUCGCAGGAAGUGAACGAGCUGAUUCAACUGGUGCCAAAGGAACUCGAUUAAAGGAAGGAGCAAAUAUUAAUAAGUCUCUUACAACUUUGGGCAAAGUCAUUUCAGCCUUGGCAGAGGUGGAUAACUGCACCAGCAAGAGUAAAAAGAAGAAGAAAACUGAUUUCAUUCCUUACAGGGAUUCUGUACUCACUUGGCUUCUUCGAGAAAAUCUAGGUGGCAAUUCUCGGACUGCAAUGGUUGCCGCUCUUAGCCCAGCAGAUAUCAACUAUGAUGAAACUUUGAGCACUCUGAGAUAUGCAGAUCGUGCAAAACAAAUUAAAUGCAAUGCUGUUAUCAAUGAGGACCCCAAUGCCAAACUGGUUCGUGAAUUAAAGGAGGAAGUGACACGGCUGAAGGACCUUCUACGUGCACAGGGGCUGGGAGAUAUUAUUGAUAUUGAUCCAUUGAUCGAUGAUUACUCUGGAAGUGGAGGCAAAUAUCUGAAAGAUUUUCAGAACAAUAAACAUAGGUACUUGCUAGCCUCUGAGAAUCAACGCCCUGGCAAUUUUUCCACAGCAUCCAUGGGCUCCCUUACGUCAUCUCCAUCUUCCUGCUCACUCAGUAGUCAGGUGGGCUUAACAUCUGUGACCAGCAUUCAGGAGAGGAUCAUGUCUACACCUGGAGGAGAGGAAGCCAUUGAACGUCUAAAGGAAUCAGAGAAGAUCAUUGCUGAGUUGAAUGAAACCUGGGAGGAGAAGCUUCGCAAAACAGAGGCCAUCAGAAUGGAGAGAGAGGCCUUGUUGGCUGAGAUGGGAGUUGCCAUUCGAGAAGAUGGAGGAACUCUAGGGGUUUUCUCACCUAAAAAGACCCCACAUCUUGUUAAUCUUAAUGAAGACCCACUAAUGUCCGAAUGCCUGCUUUAUUACAUCAAAGAUGGAAUUACAAGGGUUGGCCAAGCAGAUGCUGAGCGGCGCCAGGACAUAGUACUGAGUGGGGCCCACAUUAAAGAGGAGCAUUGUAUCUUCCGGAGUGAGAGAAACAACAGUGGUGAAGUUAUUGUAACCCUGGAGCCCUGUGAGCGCUCAGAAACCUACGUGAAUGGCAAGAGGGUGACCCAGCCUGUUCAGUUGCGCUCAGGAAACCGCAUCAUCAUGGGUAAAAACCACGUUUUUCGUUUUAAUCAUCCGGAACAAGCACGGGCUGAGCGGGAGAAGACUCCCUCAGCUGAGACCCCGUCUGAGCCUGUGGACUGGACUUUUGCCCAGAGAGAGCUUCUGGAGAAACAAGGAAUUGAUAUGAAACAGGAGAUGGAGAAAAGGUUACAAGAGAUGGAGAUCCUGUACAAAAAGGAAAAGGAAGAAGCAGAUCUUCUCUUGGAGCAGCAAAGACUGGACUAUGAGAGUAAAUUGCAGGCCUUGCAGAAGCAAGUUGAGACCCGUUCCCUGGCUGCAGAAACUACUGAAGAGGAAGAAGAGGAAGAAGAAGUACCUUGGACGCAGCAUGAGUUUGAGUUGGCCCAGUGGGCCUUCCGGAAGUGGAAGUCUCACCAGUUUACUUCCUUAAGGGACUUACUCUGGGGCAAUGCCGUCUACCUUAAGGAGGCCAAUGCCAUCAGUGUGGAAUUGAAGAAGAAGGUACAAUUUCAGUUUGUUCUGCUGACUGACACACUGUAUUCCCCUUUGCCUCCCGAAUUACUUCCCACUGAAGUGGAUAAAACUCACGAGGAGAGACCUUUUCCUCGUACAGUGGUGGCAGUAGAAGUUCAGGAUCUGAAGAAUGGAGCAACACAUUAUUGGUCUUUGGAGAAACUCAAGCAGAGGCUGGAUUUGAUGCGUGAGAUGUAUGAUAGGGCGGGUGAGAUGGCCUCUAAUGCCCAAGAUGACAGUGAAGCUACGAUGACUGGCAGUGAUCCAUUCUAUGAUCGAUUCCACUGGUUCAAACUUGUGGGAAGCUCCCCCAUUUUCCACGGCUGUGUGAAUGAGCGCCUUGCCGACCGCACACCCUCCCCCACUUUUUCCACGGCCGAUUCCGACAUCACUGAGCUGGCUGACGAGCAGCAAGAUGAGAUGGAGGAUUUUGAUGAUGAGGCAUUCGUGGAUGACACCGGCUCUGACGCAGGGACGGAGGAGGGAUCAGAUCUCUUCAGUGACGGGCAUGACCCGUUUUACGACCGGUCCCCUUGGUUCAUUUUAGUGGGAAGGGCAUUUGUAUACCUGAGCAAUCUGCUGUAUCCCGUGCCCCUGAUUCACAGGGUGGCCAUCGUCAGUGAGAAGGGAGAAGUGCGGGGAUUUCUGCGCGUGGCUGUACAGGCCAUUGCAGCGGAUGAAGAAGCUCCCGAUUAUGGCUCUGGAAUUCGACAAUCUGGAACAGCUAAAAUAUCUUUUGAUAACGAGUACUUUAAUCAGAGUGACUUUUCUUCAGUCGCAAUGACUCGUUCUGGUCUAUCCUUGGAGGAGCUGAGGAUUGUGGAAGGGCAGGGCCAGAGUUCUGAGGUCAUCACUCCUCCUGAAGAAAUCAGUCGAACGAAUGACUUGGAUUUGAAAUCAAGCACUUUGCUGGAUGGAAAGAUGGUUAUGGAAGGGUUUUCAGAAGAGAUUGGCAAUCAUCUGAAACUGGGCAGUGCCUUCACUUUCCGAGUAACAGUGUUGCAGGCCAGUGGGAUCCUUCCAGAGUAUGCAGAUAUCUUCUGUCAGUUCAACUUCUUGCAUCGCCAUGAUGAAGCAUUCUCCACCGAACCCCUCAAAAAUAAUGGCAGAGGAAGUCCCCUGGGCUUUUAUCAUGUGCAGAAUAUUGCAGUGGAGGUCACUGAAUCAUUUGUGGACUACAUCAAAACCAAGCCGAUUGUAUUUGAAGUUUUUGGGCAUUAUCAGCAGCACCCACUUCAUCUGCAAGGACAGGAUCUUAACAGUCCACCCCAGCCCUCUCGACGAUUCUUCCCUCCACCCAUGCCACUCUCCAGGCCAGUUCCAGCCACCAAAUUAAACCCCAUGAGCAAAACCAGCCUUGGCCAAAGCAUGAGCAAGUAUGACCUCCUAGUUUGGUUUGAGAUCAGUGAACUGGAACCUACAGGAGAGUAUAUCCCAGCUGUGGUUGACCAUACAGCAGGCCUGCCCUGCCAGGGGACAUUUUUGCUUCACCAGGGUAUCCAGCGAAGAAUCACAGUGACCAUUAUCCAUGAGAAGGGGAGUGAACUCCACUGGAAAGAUGUCCGUGAACUGGUGGUAGGCCGGAUUAGGAAUAAACCUGAGGUGGAUGAAGCUGCGAUCGAUGCCAUCCUGUCCCUGAACAUCAUCUCUGCCAAAUACCUGAAGUCUUCCCACAACUCUAGCAGGACUUUCUACCGUUUUGAGGCAGUAUGGGACAGCUCCCUGCAUAACUCCCUUCUUCUGAACCGAGUGACACCCUAUGGAGAAAAGAUCUACAUGACCUUGUCAGCCUACCUAGAGUUGGAUCAUUGCAUCCAGCCAGCUGUCGUCACCAAGGAUGUGUGCAUGGUCUUCUAUUCCCGAGAUGCCAAGAUCUCACCUCCACGCUCUCUGCGCAGCCUCUUUGGCAGUGGCUACUCAAAGUCACCAGAUUCCAAUCGAGUCACUGGAAUUUAUGAACUCAGCUUAUGCAAAAUGGCAGACACAGGCAGUCCGGGUAUGCAGAGGAGGAGGAGAAAAGUCUUGGAUACCUCGGUGGCAUAUGUGCGGGGAGAAGAGAAUUUAGCAGGUUGGCGGCCGCGUGGAGACAGCCUCAUCCUGGAGCAUCAGUGGGAACUGGAGAAGCUGGAGCUGUUGCAUGAGGUGGAGAAAACCCGCCACUUCCUCCUGCUGCGUGAAAGACUUGGUGAUAGCAUCCCCAAAUCCCUGAGUGACUCGCUGUCCCCCAGCCUCAGCAGUGGGACCCUCAGCACCUCCACCAGCAUCUCCUCUCAGAUCUCAACCACAACCUUUGAAAGUGCCAUCACACCUAGUGAGAGCAGUGGCUAUGACUCCGCAGACAUUGAAAGCCUAGUGGAUCGUGAGAAAGAGCUGGCUACCAAGUGCCUGCAGCUUCUCACCCAUACUUUUAAUCGAGAAUUCAACCAAGUUCAUGGCAGCAUCAGUGACUGUAAGUUGUCUGAUAUCUCUCCAAUUGGGCGGGAUCCCUCUGUGUCCAGUUUCAGCAGCGCUACCCUCACUCCCUCCUCCACCUGCCCCUCUCUGGUAGACUCUAGGAGCAACUCUGCGGAUCAGAAGACCCUAGAAGCCAAUUCCCGAGCCUCUAGUCCCUGCCCAGAAUUUGAACAGUUUCAGAUUGUUCCAGCUGUGGAAACACCCUAUUUGGCCAGAGCAGGAAAAAAUGAAUUUCUCAAUCUCGUUCCAGAUAUUGAAGAAAUUAGACCAGGCUCAGUGGUCUCUAAGAAAGGAUAUCUGCAUUUCAAGGAGCCACUUUCCAGCAACUGGGCUAAACAUUUUGUUGUGGUCCGCCGCCCUUACGUCUUCAUCUAUAACAGUGACAAGGACCCCGUGGAGCGUGGCAUCAUUAACCUGUCCACAGCACAAGUGGAAUACAGCGAGGACCAGCAGGCCAUGGUGAAGACACCUAACACUUUUGUUGUAUGCACAAAGCAUCGUGGGGUCCUUCUGCAGGCUCUUAAUGACAAAGACAUGAAUGACUGGUUAUAUGCCUUUAACCCACUCCUUGCUGGCACAAUACGGUCUAAACUGUCCCGCAGAUGCACAAGCCAGCCGAAAUACUAAGCUGCACUCGCCUUCGAGAGAUAAAGGAAGUGUUACCUCUCA